CUGUUAUCAUGUUAACGUUUUGUAACUUUUUCUUUUUUCCAUUUAGCAAUUAAGCUUCAAACAUUAACUUCUUCACUGUCACUGCGCAAUCUUUUCAAAAUCAAAAUGGAGGAAUACGCACGUGAACCUUGUCCAUGGAGAAUUGUGGACGAUUGUGGUGGAGCCUUUACAAUGGGCUGCAUUGGAGGUGCUGUUUUUCAAGCAAUAAAAGGCUUUCGAAAUGCACCAUCUGGGACAACAAGAAGGUUGCAAGGUAGUUUAGCAGCUGUUAAGCAAAGAGCUCCUAUCAUAGGAGGAAAUUUUGCUGUUUGGGGUGGUUUAUUCUCUACCAUUGAUUGCACCUUAGUCCAUAUACGUAAAAAAGAAGAUCCUUGGAAUUCAAUUACUAGUGGUGCUCUUACAGGAGCAAUUCUAGCAGUCAGAAAUGGUGCAGGUGCAAUGGUUGGCUCUGCUGUUAUAGGUGGUGUUUUACUUGCAUUAAUUGAGGGUGUUGGUAUCUUAUUCACACGUUAUUCAGCAGACCAGUUUAAACCAGUAAAUCCUCAAAUGGAAGACCCAAGUCAGUUGAAUACUGGAGGUAUUUUUGGAGCUGCAGCGCAGUGAUGGGAAUUGUAGAUAAUAGAGCAUCCUUGUAUCAUCUGUAGUAUAUUGUCUGUACAAAAUGAAUUUCUGUGAAGUUUCAUCCAUCUUGUAACAUAUUUUGUUAUAUAAAAUAAUGCAAUACUUG